GGUGGCCGCGGGGGAGAAGAAGUCGGUGGAGGACGAUUUCAGCCAGGUGCAGAGCUUCGUCGACGGCAGCUCCUCUGGGUACCAGCCUCCACCUGGCACCACCGGCGGCGGGAGAAAGGCCAAGGGGUUCAAGAGCCGCCGCUCCGCCGAGGACAUCAAGGCCGAGAAGGCGGCCAAGCGGGCGGCCCAGCCGGGCAUCGGGGGCGGACCGAGCGGGCCGCCGGACUGGAACUUCGUCCAGGACUUCCUCCCCGCGCUGUCGCUGCCCUCGCUGGACGUGCCGUCCGUCUCCUCGGACAAGCUGCUGGGCGUGGUCGUGGGCGGAGGCCUCUCCCUGGCGCUGCCGGCCCUGGCGGUGUCCAACCAGGUGAACGCCAGAAUCGAGGAGAAGAAGCGGGAGGACGCGAGGCGCCGGGCCGAGGAGGCGGAGUUCCAGAAGACCAUCGGCGGCCUCGUCGGCGCCGCCGUGCCCGUCGCCGGCGCCGCGCUCCUCGCGGGCGGCGUCCUGUUCUCCUCGCCGCCAGCGCCUCCGCCGCCGCCCGCGCCGACGCAGACCGCACCCGCGCCCAAGCCGGCUGCGGCAAAAGCGAAGGCAGAGGCCGAGGCCAAGGCCAAGGCUGAGGCGGACGCGAAGGCCAAGGCAGAGGCGGAUGCGAAGUCCAAGGCUGAGGCGGAGGCGAAGGCCAAGGCUGAGGCGGAGGCCAAGGCUAAGGCUGAGGCCGCAGCGAAGUCCACGGCUGAGGCGGAGGCGAAGGCCAAGGCUGAGGCGGAGGCCAAGGCUAAGGCUGCGGCCGAAGCGAAGACCAAGGCUGAGGCGGAGGCCAAGUCUAAGGCUGAGGCCGAAGCGAAGGCCAAGGCAGAGGCGGAGGCCAAGGCCAAGGCCGAGGCGGAGGCGAAGUCCAAGGCCGAGGCGGAGGCCGCGGCCAAGAAGGCAGAAGCUCCGAAGCCGGCGCCCGCGCCUGCGCCGGCGCCGAAGCCUGCGCCCGCGCCCGCUCCCGCACCAGCUCCGGCGCCGGCGGCCGCGCCGAAGCCCGCGGACGAGCCCGCGGACAACACGCCCUUCCUCAUCGGUGGCGGUGUCCUGGCGG